AUGGAGCUGAACGAGCCCAGCAGGGCGCUCACAGCCAGCCGGCAAAAUUUCGCAGAGUGUUCGCGACGCGCAGCGCAGCGCCGGCCCGUCUUGGACAGAACAGGUACUCCCAGCCGGGCUCAAGCGGCUUCAGCAGUGCUCAAGUUGCUCGGUCCAGAAGCUGUCAGCUCUACCUGCCGCGCCGCUGAUGCAACGGCGCGGCACGCAAGGACAAGCAGCCUUGCAAACCGAGUGAUCCGACCUGGUCUAUGCAUCGACGGUCGGACGAAGGCAGCAAACAAUGAGCUUCUUCAGAUCUCUCUUUGCUUCGACAAGCGAAUCCGGCCUGCCUCAUUCAACCGCGCGCCCGCAGCUAGCUCUCCUCGGAAGCCAGCAGACGCCAGUCAAUCCGAGUAUGACGACGUCAGACUGUCCAUGGACACUCGUCCGACGCGCUCGGCGAGCCAGAAUCAUGAUCCCGAUUCUUCUCUUGCCUCAAGCUCUUCCUCGAGGUCUGACUCGUCCUAUCCGCCCGAGGCAAGCCAAAUGGAUCGUGCGCAGACGUAUGCAUAUCCCGUCUACCAGAGCGCGCGGACGACUCGCGCCAACGGCAGCACGCUCAGCACAUCAGAUAAUGCCAGGAACGCUGCCGGCUCGAGCUAUCCUUCCGUCAAGGCAACAUUCAGGCGGAUUGAAAAGAUCCUGUCCAGCCAGUAUCCUGAGCUCGUCGAUACGCUUUCCCUGCCCUGUCCCUCGAAGGAGAUACUCGAUCUACAACGGCUACUUGGCGUUGGACUGCUACCGCGUGAUCUGAAGGACUCCCUCGCGAUACACGACGGGCAAGACGUCUAUUCUUGCAGCACAACAAACACCAGUGGCAGAUCCGAUCUCGCCCCAGGUCGUCCGGGUCUCGUCUGGGGACUCUGGCUCAUGACAGCCGAGGAGAUCCAUGAAGAGUGGGAUUUCUGGCGCAAGCUAGAAGCAGCGAACAUGGCGGGACAUGCUUCACACCUUGUAGACGAUCCAUUUGCGCCUGCUUUCCCGCGCCCUGCGUCCUCGUCGCGAUCGAGCGCUUCUAGCACGCGAGCGCCGACAUCGGAAACCUACGAUUCUGUCAACAACGCAGACGGGACCAGCAGCACCGGUAUAUAUGUAGCUGAUGAUCUUGACGAAUCGCGUUAUAACACGACCGGUCAAGUCAUGGGCAGCUGUCCACAAGGAUGGGUAAGAGAGCAUUACAGCAAUCCCGGCUGGAUUCCCCUCUUGCGGGAUGGCGGCGGUAAUUAUAUAGGCAUCGACCUCAACCCACCUCAGACGACACGCGUAGACGACUCGGACGACGACGUCACCACGCCAAAGGCUGACGGACCGUCGCCUUUCGUUUUCCCUCCCAAGACGAGCGCCGGACAAAUGAACGCCUGGAAGACUUUGCAGGCUUUGCCAGGUCAGGUCAUCGCGUUUGGCCGUGAUAUCGACGUCAAAACAGUCUUGUUUCCUGGGUGGGGCUCAGAAGGUGGCUGGGCACGAUUCCUGUCGUCUUUUGCAGAUGAUCUGCAAGCGAAUUCAUUCUGCACAUUAGAUUCAUCCCUCCGAACGGAUAACGACAGCGACGAUAGCGACGAUGGUAUUGGCAGUCAAACAUAUGCCGAUCAAGGCGCAGACUUUGGUCUUACUUUCGAGAGCAUCGGGCGCCGAGCGACUGCGCGGACUCGCGAGUCUCGCAGUACAGGCAAUCAAUGGCGGCUUCGCGGCCGCUACAAAGGCAUGGGCAUCAUCGAGGCGCUGUGCGAGCGCAGUAGGCAAAGCUGGGCGCAGGUUGGGCUCUACUCGGCCCCGGUGCCGCGCGAGACGAGCUUGAGGGAGCCUUUACCCAAGCUGCGGCCUCAGCCAACCACAACGCUCGAUGGCUCCCCCGACGCAAGCCCGCGAGUCCGUACCGCCGUCAGAGCCGGCUCUCGUGACUCAAGCUCUUCCACUUCCUCACGGCAUCAGGUCGGCCCGAGCAGCAAACGUCCGCUCCGGCGGCCGUUGCCCCCAGUCGCCCCUAUAGAUCUGCCGACGUCUGAGGAUCUUCACUGGCGAUCAGAUUCGCCACCCAGUAGCCUUACAAUGGGAAACGAGAGCCAAACUCGGAAGUCGGAGCGCAGUUCGCGUGAAGGGCAUGGUGUCGAUCUGCGACCGCUUGGCGCCUCGAACGCGUCCAGUGCGACACUCUGGCAGCCGCAAGAGCAGACAGUGACUGAAGCAAGGUCCAGUUUUGACGAUAACGUCGCGUUGGCGGGAUACAAUGAUCCCUUUGGUUCAACGAACAAUCUGGUCGGCUACCCAACGUCGCCCAAUCUGUCAUCUCCCAACCUAGGCUUCGCUAGAAGUUCGUCGCCUGGCGCUCAGCCCCUUCUGCUUCCCAGUCACUCCCCUGGAGUAUCACCUAGCGCGUCUCCCAGUGCAUCGCCCCAGUCACUUCCACUGAGCUCGCAAUGA